UCCAUCACGUGACCGCGGGGAAGAAUAAUAGAAAGCCCACCACCAGUAAAGCAGGGGAAGAGAGUGAGACAGCAGACAGAGAUAGAAGUAGAGAGAGAAAGGGAUAAGAUGCCAGUGAAGGCCAUUCGAGAGAUCGAAUAAGUGGGGAGCUUCGAGAGGGAAGAGAGAGGGAAGAGAGAGGGAGAGGCUAGGUUCACCUUGGUGUUGAGAGGUUCAGAGCUUUUGCUUUUAACAACAGCAGAAGGGACCAGGCAGGUUGCAGGAGAAGCAGAAACCGCAGCAGCAGCUAGCGGCAGUAGAAGCAGCGGGCGCAGUGACAGCAGAAAAAAGAAAGAAAAAAACUGCUUGGAAGACCAGUAGAGAGAGAGAGCGCCAAAGUUAGUGGGAGAAAUAGAAAGAAACCAACUUAAGGAAAAAACAGGUCGCAAGGGAUCGAAAAAACAACAAUCAGAAAGAAUUUCAGAGUCCCCACCCCUCUCCACCUCUCUCACAGACUUUCACCCGCUUAAAAAAAAUCAUUUUUUCCCGACCAGAAACCUCUUUUUUUCUGCAUUUUCAUCUACAGAGCUGUAGUCAUUGACAGACAAUUAUAGGUUUUGAGUGAGAGAAGAGUGAGUAUAUAAGAAGUCGUAGUGGCUUCUGGAAGGCGAUUUCCUUCCGACACCGGAGCAUUUGCGGAUUGGGUUGCUUCCUCCUCCACGGCCAGAGCCGACGAUCUUUCGCUAGGAUUUAAUGCCGGCGGCGGCGCUGCGGCCGCCGCCGGAUUUUGGGCGCCAAGCUCGUCUGGCUCUGGCCGCCACCAACUUAACUAUGGAAUCGCUGACAUGGGCAUGGUCGGCCUACGAGAUGUCUUCGUCGUUGCUCCAGCGGUGCCGCCGUCACAUAACGAAUCUAUGCUUUGCUCCGGCGAGCACCCUAUCAUUCCUCUCCUCGCCGCCGCUCCCUGUCUGGCCCAACCCCCACACAACCAAAACCCUAACCCUAAUUCCUCCGGCAUCCUCUCAGUCGCCAGCGGCUCCUCCACUUGCCAGGACUGCGGCAACCAAGCCAAAAAGGAUUGCACACACAGGCGAUGCAGAACGUGCUGUAAAAGCCGCGGCUUUGAUUGCUCCACGCACAUAAAAAGCACGUGGGUCCCCGCAGCUCGCCGCCGUGAACGCCAGCUCACCGGCACUGCCACCGCCGCCGCCUUCGCCGGAUCUUCCACCUCCACAUCCGCCCCCAAAAAACCUCGCCUUAUCUCCUCCCAAACCACCACCACUUCCCACACUUCCACUUCCAACACCCCACCUCGCAGCUUUGAUACCAGCUCUAGCCACCAAGAAGCCUGCUUCCGCGAGAAUCUGCCUGGCCACGUACGAGCUCCGGCAGUGUUCAAGUGCGUGAGAGUAACAUCUGUCGACGACGGGGAAGACGAGUACGCAUACCAAGCGGUUGUGAACAUUGGCGGGCAUGUAUUCAAGGGCUUUCUGUAUGACCAAGGUGUCGACGACGGGCGCGGUGAACUCACCGAAACUUCUCCCAUGACCGGCGGGAAUAACAAUAACGCUGUUCCCAACAUAUCGGAGCUUCAUCUCGGUGCUGGUCGGAGCGGCGGCGCGUCAUCGUCCUCCCCUAUGCUUCCCUCGGAUGUCUAUGGUGGCGGCGCCGGGGUAAUGCUCGGCGGUGCAACUUAUGGUAAUACAAUAAACUGAGCUUUAGCUUCAUCAAGAAUACUUUUCUCUCUUCUCACUGUUCUACAUUCUCCUUCUUCGGCUUACUAUUUAUCUGCUGUAUUACCUUCUGAAAUGCAAGGCGGACAAUCCAAACUUUUUAUAUUAUUAUUAUUGUUGUCGUUGUGUUUGUUGUAUACUGAUAAUUAAAUGACUUCUUUUAGCUA